UGGAAAGGGGCCAACGGGGCGCUGCCCCCCGGCUCCACUCCGGGAAAUUCCCCGGCAGCUCCCGGCAGGGAAUAAAAGCUCGGGAGGGAAAAGGGGGCCGUGUCGCCGGCUCCUGCACCCUCUCUGCCUCCAGCGCCAGCCAUGAGCCCGCACCUCCGCCUCCUCCUCCUCCUGGCCGCCGCCGCUCUAUGCCAGGGUGCGCCGCUGGCCGGCGAGCUGCGCUGCCGCUGCGUGCGGACCGUGUCCGAGGUGAUCCCGCCGCGGCGCCUGGCCCGCCUGGAGUUCCUCGCCGAGGGGCCGCACUGCGCCGUGCCCGAGGUCAUAGCCACGACGAAGCAGGGACAGAUGAUCUGCCUGGACCCCGUCGCGCCCUGGGUCAAGCUCCUGAUCACCAGGAUCCUCCGCAGUUCAACCAACAAGCUGUGAGUGAAGGGAAGGAGCACCUCGGAAUGAAGUUACCUGUUUGCCACAAGAGCCCAGGAAACAGAUGCUAUGAGAACACAAUAGCCCAGCUCUCUAGUUUUGAUGGGUUUGUUGAUCAGAUGCUCUGUGUUUCACUCCCUCUCCUCACGUUUGUUAUUGCCUAAUCCCAUGCAUGGUUGUAUUGACUGAGACAAAGCGAUUGAAUCCAUUUGACAAGACAGUGGACGCUUUGCUGGACACCUCUCAGCAGCCUUCUCAGAACUUGCUCCAGCUUUGUGCAAGCUCCUUCUUGCCAAACACUGUUUGCCAAUAAGUCCCUAUAAAACAGCACUACUAUCUGAAAAGAAGAUGGGCCCGUGGUGAAGAUGAUUUUGCAAAUGUCUGCAGAGAGCGUGGCAGGAGAGGUUUGAAUGGAUUGUGCCGAUGGCUGGGGGUCAUCCUCCCAUCAGGAAUAAUGAGAUGAUCCUCCCAUCAGGAAUAAUGAAAGUGCUGGCUGGCACUUGACAUUUCAGUGCCUGUCCAGGAUUACGUGGGAAUAAAACCCGGUUCAGGCAAGGAUAUUUUGCUGAAUCUUUUUCCUACUCCAACUUUCCAGCCUUUAAUGCAGAAUGCCUUGGGCCUUUUAGCGCAAUGCACUGUCCAAUGAAAUCUUUGCCCCUGAAGUCUUUUUGCCCCUAUUCCAUACUUAGAAGGGUUUAAUAAUUUCUAUGAAAUUGUGGGGGUUUGUGCCAUGACUGGUUUGGUUUUUAACCAGGUAGCGUUGAGGUUGGUUAGUUGGUUUGUUUUUAAAGGAGUUUACAUUACAAUAUUUGGUAUUUAUGCACAAGUUCUAAAGGAACAGUAAAUGUUCUGGCGAGACCUAGACAUUUUGUGUCUACUUGUAUGACAUAGUGUCAUAACUCAUAAAAAAUAACUAAUUUUCAUUAUUCUGCUUUGGAAAAUCGUAUGUAAAGAGGUGGAUUUCUCAUGACAAUGUAAUGAAAUAUACGAUGCAAUAAAAAUGU